AUGUCCUUCAGUACUUUCACUCGUCUAUCUGCCAGAAGAAUAGCUUUGGUUGCUACAAGAACCCGUGUUCUUCCUCAAGUCAUGAGGAAGACAACUUCUUUCGCCCCAAUCAUAAGAACUUUUACUUCUUCAACUCUAAGAUCUAAUCAACAGAGACAAGCAGUGAGUGAAAUUCUAAAAUCUGAACUCAAACUGGAGACGGAAUCAUCUAUAACUCCUGAAGAAGCUGAAACCCCAGCCUUAUUCCAAAAUUUCUUAGACAAGUAUGGUUUUGAGAUCGUUACAACUCCAGGUAAAAAUGAUGCUCAUAUCUUUAAAAAGACAGAAGCAGGUGAAACAGUCAGUGUUUUCUUCGAUGUUGCCCAAGUUGCCAAUUUACCAUAUGAUGAUGCCAUGACUGAAGACGUUACAACUGAAAAAAAUAAUCUAGAAGAGGAAGACUUUGAUUCCAUAGCUGAUAAUUUCGCAAAUGUUAACGUUGUUGUCAGUAAGGACGUCGAUGGAACUAGUGUGGCCUUUGACUUGCUGAUGAACCUACAAGAAGGUUCUUUUUACGUAGACAGCGUUACCCCAUUUGCCACCAAGGAUGCAGCUUUAAAUGAAUCUGCGGAAGCAGAAUUAUCAAGAGAAUUAUCUUACCAUGGCCCACCAUUCUCUAAUUUAGAUGAAGAGCUACAAGAAACUUUAGAGAUUUACUUAUCCAGCAGAGGUAUUAACGAGGAAUUAUCUUCUUUCAUUAGUGCCUACUCUGAAUUCAAGGAGAACAAAGAAUACAUUCAAUGGUUAGAAAACAUGAAAUCUUUUUUUAACUGA